AUGCCCCGCCGAGAUCUUGUGCGCAUCGUCCUGGUCGGUGAUGACGGCGUAGGCAAAAGCUCGAUCAUCACCUCGCUCAUCAAGGAGAGCUUCGUUCCCAAUGUACAACAUGUCGUGCCCGAGGUCACGAUCCCGCCAGAGGUGACGCCGGAAAAUGUCACCACCUCCAUCGUCGACACUUCAUCUGACCCGCGGUCACGGGCACACCUCCUGUCGCAGCUUGGGCGCGCACACGUCAUCUGCCUCGUAUACUCGAUCUCAGAGCCGCAGAGCUUCGACCGCGUCGCCGAGUACUGGCUACCCCUGUUCCGCAAAGAAGGCAUCAACGUGCCAGUGAUUCUUGUGGGCAACAAAAUCGACAUGCGCGGGGGCGAGGUUACAAACCAGGCACUGGAGGAGGAAGUUGCACCGAUCAUGCGCGAGUUCAAGGAGGUCGAGACGGUCGUCGAGUGCAGCGCGCUCAUGCCAUUGAACGUGUCUGAAGUGUUCUACUUUGCACAAAAGGCAGUGCUGCACCCCACCGCGCCGUUGUACGACUCGCGCGAGCAUGUCUUGAAGCCAAAGUGUCUUGAGGCUCUCAAACGCAUCUUUAAAAUCAGCGACGUCGACAAAGACGGGUUGCUAAACGCAACUGAGCUGAACCAAUUCCAACAAAAGUGUUUCUCGACACCACUGCAGACGCAGGAGCUCGAGGGCAUCCUCGAGCUUGUCCGCUCGUACGACCCCGGAGCCGUACAGCCCUUGCCAUCACCUCCGACAGCGAGCUCGCCGAGCACGCCGUUUGCAGAGUACGACCAGCAGACUGUGUGGUCGUCCGCAUCGGGGACGUCAGAAGGUCUCACAGAACUCGGCUUCCUCUACCUGCACACGAUAUUCAUCCAGCAGGGCCGCAUGGAGACGACGUGGACCGUCCUGCGGCAGUUUGGAUACGGCGAGUCGCUCGACCUGCGUGAAGACUUCCUGUCGCCGCGCUUCGACGUUCCGUACGACUGCUCGGUCGAGUUGAGCCCGCUCGGCAACCAGUUCCUCACCGAUAUCUUUGAAGCGUACGACAAGGACAACGAUGGCGCUCUGUCCCAGUCCGAGCUGGACGACCUCUUCUCGACCUCGCCUGGGAACCCAUGGCGCGCAUACGGCUUUCCCGACACGACCAUCACAGACGACCAGGGCCGCGUCACCUUGCAAGGCUGGCUCGCGCAGUGGUCCAUGACUACGCUGCUCGACCUCAAGCUGACCCUCAACUACAUGGCAUACCUUGGGUUCUCGUCCUCGCCAGCCUCGGAUGUGCAGCUCGUCGCGUCCAUCAAGACAACACGGCCACGCAAGGCGGACAGGCGAGCACGCAAGGUGACGCGCAACGUGUUCCUGUGCUACGUUCUCGGUGCGACGGGUUCGGGCAAGACAUCGCUCCUCCGGUCGUUCGUGCAUAAGGGAUUCCACGGCGGCGAGGAUGGGUUGGCCGGCUACGAGCCAACUACCAAGGUGCUCUCGGUUGUGAACAGCGUCGAGAUUGACGGCGCGGAAAAGUUCCUGGUGCUCCAAGAGUUCGGGUCCAAGUACGAGUCGGAGAUGCUGCGCAACACAAAGCGCCUCGACCUCGCUGACGUGCUCAUCUACGUGCACGACUCGAGCGAUACCAACUCGUUCUCUUACAUUUCCAACCUACGACAGCAGUACUCGCUUGACCACAUCCCGAGCAUCUUCGUUGCCACCAAGAGCGACUUGGAUCUGGCGCAGCAGCGACAUGAGGUCCAGCCCGACGUAUACUGCCGGCGGCUUGGCCUGUCCGCUCCAUUGGCUGUGUCAGCGCUUGGCGGUUCCCUUCCCAACCUCUGGGCCUCGAUCACGCGCGUCGCGCUCAACCCAUGGAGCAGUACGCCGCGUGGGCCGAACUCGCGCCGCACGACCGCCCAAACGGUGCGUGUGGUGGCCAAGUUCACGCUCGGCGCGGGGAGCCUUGUCGCCCUCGCUGCGAUAUGGAUGCGGUACCAAGGCUACACGCUGCGCGGGGUUUGGGGCUGCAUCGCGCGCACUACGGGCAUCUUCUCGACACCAUCACGGGCCUAG